AUGCUCAUUUUCCUCACAGCGUUCAAGAACUCCAAGAAAUAUCAACAUCUCAAAGAAAAGUAUAGUCCGCCUGCCAAUGAGGCUAAUAUUUGUCAUUUCGACAAAUUCAAAACAAUUUGGGUGGCUUGUCCACCACCAUUUUCUGUAUGUUCCUUUGGUUAUCAGUUUUUCUUCGGUGGUCAUGGUCCUGUUCGGGUGGCGUAG